GGCCCUCGCAGGCCCAUGGCGGCGGCCGCGGCGCUCCCGGGCGCGGGCGGGCCUCCCGCGGGCGGCGGGGCCGGGGGCGGCGGGGGCGCGGGCGGCGGGUCCCCGCCGGGCGGCUGGGCCGUGGCGCGCCUCGAGGGCCGCGAGUUCGAGUACCUGAUGAAGAAGCGCUCGGUGACCAUCGGGCGCAACUCGUCGCAGGGCUCGGUGGACGUGAGCAUGGGCCACUCGAGCUUCAUCUCUCGGCGCCACCUCGAGAUCUUCACGCCCCCGGGCGGCGGCGGCCAUGGCGGGGCGGCCCCGGAGCCGUCGGCGCAGCCCGGGCCCGACGCGGGCGGCGACUUCUACCUGCGCUGCCUCGGCAAGAACGGCGUGUUCGUGGACGGCGUGUUCCAGAGGCGCGGGGCGCCGCCGCUGCAGCUGCCGCGCGUGUGCACGUUCAGGUUCCCGAGCACAAACAUCAAGAUCACGUUCACUGCCCUGUCCAGUGAGAAGAGGGAGACGCAGGAGGCGCCCGAGUCCCCGGUGAAGCCGGUGCAGGCCCACAUCUCGCCGCUGACCAUCAACAUUCCAGACACCAUGGCCCACCUCAUCAGCCCGCUCCCCUCCCCGACGGGAACCAUCAGUGCUGCAAACUCCUGUCCAUCCAGCCCCCGGGGAGCAGGGUCCUCGGGGUACAAAAUGGGCCGUGUGAUACCAUCUGACCUCAAUUUAAUGGCUGACAACUCACAGCCAGAAAACGAGAAGGAAGCUUCAGGUGGAGACAGCCCGAAGGAUGAUUCGAAGCCACCUUAUUCCUAUGCACAGUUAAUCGUUCAAGCAAUCACGAUGGCUCCUGACAAGCAGCUCACCCUGAACGGCAUUUACACGCACAUCACCAAAAACUACCCCUACUACAGGACCGCGGACAAGGGCUGGCAGAAUUCAAUUCGCCACAAUCUCUCUCUGAAUCGUUAUUUCAUCAAAGUACCACGUUCCCAGGAAGAACCAGGCAAAGGCUCAUUCUGGAGGAUAGAUCCUGCCUCUGAAAGCAAAUUAAUAGAGCAGGCUUUUAGGAAAAGACGGCCUAGGGGCGUGCCUUGCUUUAGAACCCCUCUGGGACCGCUCUCAUCUAGAAGUGCCCCAGCCUCUCCCAAUCACGCUGGAGUGCUCUCUGCUCACUCCAGUGGUGCCCAGACCCCUGAGAGCCUGUCGCGGGAAGGUUCACCAGCCCCUCUGGAGCCUGAGCCUGGUGCCUCACAGCCCAAACUUGCUGUCAUCCAGGAAGCCCGGUUUGCCCAGAGUGCGCCAGGCUCCCCUCUGUCUGGUCAGCCAGUCUUAAUCGCCGUGCAGCGACCACUGCCACCGACGAUCAAGCCUGUCACCUACACUGUCACCACCCCUGUGACCACUUCGACCUCCCAGCAGCCCGUCGUGCAGACGGUCCACGUCGUCCACCAGAUCCCAGCGGUGUCCGUCACCAGCGUGGCCGGACUGGCCCCAGCAAACACAUACACCGUCGCCGGGCAGGCUGUGGUCACUCAGGCGGCCGUGCUGGCCCCCCCCAAGGCUGAGCCCCAAGAGAACGGGGACCACAGAGAGGUAAAAGUGAAAGUGGAGCCUAUUCCUGCCAUUAGCCACGCCACGCUGGGUGCCGCCGGCCGGAUCAUUCAGACGUCACAGGCCACCCCUGUCCAGACCGUCACCAUCGUGCAGCAGGCCCCUCUGGGUCAGCACCAGCUUCCCAUAAAAACCGUCACGCAGAACGGGACUCACGUGGUGCCCAUCCCCGCCGUCCACAGCCAGGUGAACAACGCAGCGGCGAGCCCUCUGCACAUGCUGGCCACGCACGCCUCGGCCUCGGCCUCCCUGCCCACCAAGCGCCAGAACGGCGACCCAGCGGAGCAGCCGGAGCUGAAGCGGGUCAAGACCGAGGACGGCGAGGGCAUCGUGAUCGCCCUGAGCGUGGACGCGCCGGCCGCCGGGCGGGAGAAGGGCGUCCAGAACUAGCGGCCGGGCGCUCCCACGUCACUGUCAACCUGUGGUGCCAAAAGGAGACACUGCCUCUCGCGACGCCCGAGCGCGUGCUCCCGGUGGGGAGAGGGCCCUGCGGUGGACUCCCCUCCGCGCUGGACACACACCCAGGCGGCCUUAAAACCCCUGCGCUCAGAGACCGGCGUCACCCCGACAAGACCGCGCGGCAAAGCCCGGCUUGGGGGCCCCCCGCCCAGCGCGCGCCCCGCCCCGGGGAGGACGUAGGUCUGCGGGGCCGGGGCCGGGGCCCCCGGCACCGGCGGACGAGACAGUGUUUUGUUGUUGACACGUGGAAGUAGAGUAUUUUGAGGUGUACUUUCUUUCUUUGCAAAGUAAUGGGGUCUUUGACAUUUCAGAUCACUCCAUUUCCACCCUGGCACGCUCGGAAUCCCACGGACCUUUCGCGUGGAUUUCGUUUGGGGAGAAGCAGCGACGUGGUUUUGUUUGUUUCUGUUGUUUGUUUGCAGCCUCUGGAAUGACAGACCCUUGUCUGUCCUGCUCCAGUCAGAUGGGGCCCUUGACGACACCCGCAGGUUCUCCUGGUCAGCCCCGGGCCGCUGCUCUUGCUCCUCCUCCACGCCCACGCGGGGCACCGACUGCCCGCGCCACCCCCGCCGGAGGAGCCGCCGGGCUCCGGAGCUGCGCUUCCUGUUUCUCUUCUCUGCUCCUUGCUGUCGUUUGUCCCUUUGUGUCGACCUUGACCCCGGCACAAUUUCCACUCUCAGUAAAACAGGUCUCCUUAUUACGUAGUGUGUAUGUUUAAAACAACAGAGCUAUCACUUCUUCAUUUGGAAAAAAAGAUUUAAUCUUUUCAUCACACAUCCUCUCAAAUGUCACAGAUCUCCCCGAGGGGCGUCGGCAGCGGAGGUGCCAUCACCAGCUCUCGGCACGUCUGACCCGCCGGCCGCCCGCCCGCCCGCCCGCAGCGCUGCCGAAGCCCCCCUCGCACUGGAGCAGAAGCUGCCUGUUCCUGCGGCACCUCUGGGCAAGCGCUGGAAACAUCCAGGUCGUUCUCUGACUUGUACUAGGAAAUGCCCCUUGCCUGUGAGAACUGACUCGAGGACUACGGCUCACUGCUCUCCUACCAAAACAAGAGCAGGCGGAGAGGAAGCGAAGGUGAGAGAGUCGGAGGCGGCGGCCUCGCACGGCCCUCGCCCCCGCCUCGGGAAGCACCCACUCGCCUCCCAGAGCGAUCCGGGGUCGGAGCUGAGCAGCCCUGCAGGCAGAAAGAGGGCGCUGGCCUUCUUGUGAAUUUUUAAAUGUCAUCAUCAUAACGUUAUUUAUUUAAAUGUAGUUAUUUUGGUAUUUAAUUUUUUUUAAAGAGAUGGGAAAAAACCCUGUAUUUUCCUGGUGGAAUGAAACGGCUCAGAAUGGUAUAUUUAGGCAAUUUUAAAACAUUUAUUAUUUACCUAAAGACCAAAUAUGAUAAAUCUGUUCUCAGUAUUGUGUGUCAAUCCACGGUAUGGAGCUGUCACAAUGUUAUUGCAGACGAUGCGUAUUAAAGAUUAUGAAAUGACUGCACACUAGCUGGAUUUAUAACUCAGCCAUUUCAGAAAUAAAACCAAACCAUCAUGUCAAUUCCAGACCACGUGUGUGACAGUGGCAAAGCCUCGCUUGCAGACUGCAGCACGGACGGGUCAGAGUGCCUCAGGCAGCAGCCUGCCUCCCAGGCACUUUCCAGAGACCUUGGAAUGUACGUUUGUGUUUCUGUUUGGACUCAGACGGUUUGCAGUCGGCAAAAUCAUUCAGAUCACGCUGUGUCCGUGUGUGAGGUUGGGUGGCUUCACUGAUGGCCGCUGGAGCCCCUGACCGUGAGUUCUGGGGGGGGAGGUGGACGGGGCCCCCCGCGGGCAGAUGGCCUGGCCCGUGCUCCUGAGAGACACGGCCCACCACCGUCGCCUGCAGGCCCCGCCCGUCGGUGGGUGAUGCCGAGCCCGUGUGUAGAUUGUGUGGGUCUGGGGGGCUCCCUGGUGGGCUCGUGGGUCGGAAGAGCGCCCGUCCUCAGAGCCCAAGAGGAGGAGGACAGGCUGCGUUGUCAGGCGCUAACGCGCUCCCUUGUCACAGGUGAGGCGGUCUCUCUCCUGCUCCUCCGUCUUGUUCAGUCGGCUUACUCACUGGCACGUAGAAACCUCAGAAUGCCAGGGAGAGGGCAGAAAAAGCCCCACAGAUGAACAAACUACCACAUCCCGGGCACUUUCUGUGUUUGAAUUUAGCCCGGAGGUCCCAGGAGCCCUGUGGCCCCCGAGCCCUGGGAGAAACAGCUGGUUCCCGUGGCCCCGGGGGAAGCCUGGUGCUGCAGAGGUCACGUCGCACUGGACCCUGCCCAGCCGCGCACGGCUGGUUCCUAAGCGCCUCACUGCAGGCAGUGUCUGCUCUGACCUUUGCCAAACGUCUGCGCUCCCUCAGGGACAAGAAACUUCAUUUCAGCAGCUUCGCCCUGAACCCGACAGGACACAAGAGGGGGACUCCCGCGGGAGGCGAGUGACGCGGCUCCUCCCGGGUUCGUGCGCGGACUGAGCUUCCUCUCGAGUCGGGGGGGGUCUCCACUUGGACAGUCGAGCUCUCCGGACACGUCACCCCUCGCACCGUCCCCUCCCAGGACGACAGAGUAGGCCAGAGUCACGGUCAGAGGGUGGGGCCGUGUCAGGACUUGGGGUUUCUGUGCUCUGUGACACAAGGAGACAAGUGACAAUCUUCGGGUCCUAACCUCCACUAUUCUAUAAGGUAUAGUGGUGAUCUGUGUGCAAAGAUUUGAAAUCUUAAACGUACCCAGUUCCUGAAACUCAAUAAAAUAUUUUUAUUAAUUUUAA